AUGAACCCCAAAGUCGAGAUUGAUUCUGGUGCUAUACUGGAUUCCCAUGAAGACUCGAGUGCGGUGCUCCAGGCACUCAUUCAUGAUGGAUGGGUUAUAUUCAAGGGCGCUGCAAACACUGAAUCCAUAGAUGCAGCCAGGGAGAACAAGCCUGUUUGCGACCUUCCCGCUAAAGCCAGUCCCGAUAUCAAAUGCCUAGUUGAUUAUCACAUGCGCGCAUCUAUACUCGAACAUUCCGAGAUCGGCGGGCCGCCUGAACGACAGCAGCAGAAACUAUGGCAGAGGAGGGCCGAGGUCCUUGCAGUCACUUGUUUCCAUCUCCUUGGCAAAGAAACCAAUCAAUGGGAGUGGGAGUAUAACAGAAGAGACUUUGGACGGCAGGAUGAGUCAAGAAAGACUGUUAGGGCCAAUAGAGGAGAUGUGUAUGUGGAUUCACAACCUCAUAGAUUUAGACCACUGUUAAUACCUUACAGCAUUGUUUGUAAUGGCUGGCUACCACGAAGGCUUCCAAAGCCGAGGGACAAAACAGAUUUAUAUCUGAUAAAUUACACUCAAAUGGUUGAGGAAUGA